AUGCCUUCCCCAACCCGCUCGUCGCAUCGAGCACAGUCUCCCUCGGCGCCAAGCUCCAGCCAUCACCACACCAGCCGACACAGCCAUUCACGCCGUCAUCGACCAAGAGACAGCUCGCGCUCGCGCUCGCGCUCUCCGCACCGCUCAGACAGACACAGGUCAGACCGCCAUCGCCGACAUGGCCAAGACAAAGAUAAACCCCGUGAACACCGUGAGCGACGACACAGAGACACCCCGGCGCAGCCCGUGGUUCUCCCCCUCCAAGCACGCGAGCUGUCCCGACGCGACUUAGAAGCAUACGAGCCCAUGUUCGGCAUGUAUUUGGACAUCCAGAAAGGAAAAUUCAUCGAGGAAAUGGAUGAAGAAGAAAUUAAAGGACGAUGGAAGAGCUUUGUACAAAAAUGGAACCGUGGAGAACUUGCCGAGGGAUGGUAUGAUCCUGCUACCCUCAACAGGGCGCGCGAAAGCGUAGCGGAGCGACUACCUGCUGGCCCACCAGGUCAGCGGGACUCACCUGAUUAUACACGGGGUAGAAAAGAGGAGAAUGACAUCCCACGCGAUCAACCUGAAGACGAUGAAGACGAAGACGAGUAUGGGCCUGCUCUCCCGCGCGCUGGUUCGGGGAGAGGCGGUGCACACUCUGGUCCUACGAUUCCCAAUAUGCAGGAUCUUGAGCUCAAGCGAGAAUCUGCCAUUGAAGAUGCGCAAGCUGCUCGCGGCCAAUCUCGCGAACAAUAUCAAGCCGAAAUGCGUGAGCAUAAAGCUGCAAGGCGUCAUCUUGAAGAUGAGAUUGCGCCGCGGGCUGAGGCUGGAACUCGGGAGCGGCAGUUGGAGAAGCGCCAGGAGAUUGCUGCCAGUAAUCGAGCAUUCGCGAGUCAGCGGGGUGGCUCGCCUGAGGCUGCUCCAGAGGAAGAUCUCAUGGGUGGUGAUAAUGAUUUGUCUGCGUUGAAGCGCGAGAAGGAAAACAACCAGCGCAAGAAGAAUGAGCGCGAGAUCCGGAGAGAGGAGAUCCUUCGUGCGCGUCAAGCAGAGCGCGAGGAGCGGGUAGAGGCGUACCGACAGAAGGAGUCCGAAACUAUGAGUUUCUUGCAGGCUCUUGCAAAGCAGCGAUAUGGGUAG